UCAAUUGCCAUGCCAUGUAUCGUGCCAACCUGUGGAACAACAGAAGGAAGUUUCAAACUCUUUCCGCGCAAUGGGAUACUAUCGGGACGGUGGCAUGAAGCCAUCCAAGUCGGUUCUGGGUGUGAACUGGAAAACAUCGACGAACAGGAGCUCUAUCAAUAUGAAAUUUGUGAGCAGCAUUUUGCUACCGGACCAGACCAACCACAACCGGAUGAAUUUUACUACCAGGAACCGACCCUGUUUACACAUUGCACCGUGGGCUACAUAGAAGUAGGUAGCUGCCGGAUGUGUCUAAAGUUUUAUCCUGCAGUUGAAAUGGUUUCAGUAACUGAUACUCUUGGGGGGAAAUCGAUCGCUGCUGAAAUGGCUGAAGCACUGGACAUAAAUCUUCGAGAUGAGGACUUUCUACCCUUAAUAUGUAUCCAAUGUCUGGCAAGGUUUGAGAUUUUGCUAACUAUUCGUACGUCCUUUGUUAAAGCAGAGAAACAAUUUAAAGAUUUGAUAGACAUCGCACAGACGACUGCUCUAGAAAUUCAUAAUAACUUUACCUUAGAGCAUCCUUCUGUCGAUGCUUUCAUAGAGGAAGAAUAUGACUUGCCAAAUGACGACGUAGAAAAUGUUUCGAAGCAGCGGGAAUCUCAAGCACUGUCAGUAUCGCAAUUGAUAAACCCACAAAAUAAGGAUAGCAAAGGAAAUAUAGCAAGAAAAAAACAAAAAUCAAACAGAUUGAAAGCUAUGCAUGGGAAAAAGUGCUACAUUUGUGCAACGAUUUUUCCAAAUGCUACCGAACUGCUAUCGCAUCUAGCAGUUGAACACGCCACAAAAGAUGGCUACAAUUGCAAUGAAUGCUUACAAGAUUUUUCUCAUGUGAUAGUAUUUAACCGACAUCUUAGUCGACACGAGGUGUUAGAUGAUGAAUACAAGACUCAAGGUAUUGGAAAUAACUGCAACAUAGACAAGUCAACAUUCCCUUGUAACAGUUGUAACAAAAUAUUCAAAUGCCAGAGUAAACUUAUGCAUCAUAUCAAAAUGAAACAUGAAAAUCGCAAAGCUCCCACUUGUAAUAUUUGUGGUAAAACAUUUACGGCCAUGUCUAGCCUAGAAAGACACAUGCUAGUUCAUACUAAAGAAAAACCACAUAAUUGCGAUAAAUGUGACGCUACUUUCCGACGAGCACUUGAGCUUCGCAAUCACAUUAGCAUAGUUCAUGAUGGCAUAAAUCCACAUAUCUGCCAGGAAUGCCGUGCGUCGUUCAAAAAUUACCACGCACUCUACAUCCACAGGCAGACAGUUCAUCGCAAUAAACCCGUACCAGUGGUACAGUUUAAACCAUAUCACUUGACUUGCAAACUCUGUAAGCGGCAACAUAAUAAAUCAAACGAGCUAAUUGAUCAUAUUCGAGAGGAACAUGCAGACCAGGAUUACCCAUACGUGCAGUGUCCAGAUUGUCCACGAACUUUUCUCAGUCAACAACAUCUAAGUCACCAUAAGGAGGUCCACACCGACAAAUAUGCCUGCAGUUAUUGUGGAUUGCGCAACCCCACUAUCCAGCGAUUGCAGAAUCACGUGGAAAACAAACACAGCGAAGUGCGCAAGUAUGACUGCCGGCUGUGUAUAAAUAAAUCGUACAAAACCAAGGCAGCUUUGCGAAAGCAUGUCCUUAUGCAUACGCAUGGUAAACAGUUUCAGUGCGACAUAUGUCAGAAGACGUUUAUGCGCAAGGAUCAAAUGGUUAUCCAUCGCCGCAUCCAUACAGGCGAGAAACCUUUCCGCUGUGAGACCUGCUUGAAACGAUUCAGCGACGAUGCUAUGUUCAGUAAACACAAAAAACGGUGUUGGCCAUUGCCGGUUAAUAUCGAUGACGAUUUGAAUAGCCUGUUUCAGGAGUACUGAGCCAAAUUGCUAAUUAUUCUACUAGGUAAUUGCUUUUUUGCAUUAGCCAACAUGCUAACUGUUGUGUCCAUUGAAAUACGCCAAUCAAAUCUAAAUGGGCGAUUGACUCGAUCGAAUCAGAUUCUAUCGAAAAUAGUCAAUAACAUGGGUACCUAUUAAAUUAGGUGAACACGAGUAAUAUCUCACUAAAUUAAAUUAGAGCUGCUGCAGUUGAAAUUUUACGCUUUGAUAUUGGCAUUUUAUAUACAGAAUGUCGUGCUGUAACAUUCGCAUUUAUCUGUGAAAAUGCAUUACCUUUAAAUUUGAUAGCCUAAAAGUAGCGGUCAAUUAUAACUGCUGCUUAGGCUGUAAAAGAGCUACCCAUUUGAUGACAUUUUUUGACUGUUUAUUUAUUUGCUCCUGAUAAACAUCAUUUAUCACAAAACAAUAGAAAUUUGAUAGAAACGAAUUUGCUAUAGUUGAUAUUCAUAGCGCGGGUUUUUUGAAUUGGAUUUAUUUAUACCUACCUACCGUGAGUUGGUUUUGCUCUCCUCUGUACGUUACGUAAUUUGUACAUAAUUCCGGAGAAAUGUUUGCUUUUUAAGUACCUAGGUACAUUAUAUUUUACUGUCGGGCAAUCAAAUAAUGAAUAAUUUUCUUUGUUUGAAUAAACUGUUAUUAGAACGCAGAACAUCACGAUAUAAAAAG